AUGCAUGCGGUAGACGCCGCUGCAGUAUUAUAUGGAUCUGUUUGUGAGAGCUUGAACUAUGGCGAAUUUGGCACUACACAUCCGCUACGUUUGACUUCACUCCAGAGUCAUAGGUCCGAAGUGCUAGGUGGGAUGAGCAGGAUUACCCCAGCCAGCCGCUCGACCGCUACCAUUAUUCAGGAACUGGAAGAGGCGGCUGUUUUAGCGAGGUCGACACUCGGCGACCCAACGUCCAUGGGGCAUGGUUCACGAUUCAUGGUUCAGGGAUGCCGAUGGACAUGCUGCGUCAAUGCUCCGUAG